CUUGUCAAUUAGUAACGUCAUAUAAGUGAAAUAAUUCAAGAAAAAGCCAAAUGUUAAUAGAAAAUCCGUUGUACUACACCAAUACGGUUAAAAAUGACCGAACCGACUGAUCCGGACCAAUCGAAUUAUGGCGAGAGACGUUUCGAGGACUAUUUGCAAGUAACCGGAUGGGGUUUGUACUACAAAUUCAUGCUGGGCAUGGGGUGCGUGUGCAAUUUGACCAGGGGCCUCCUGUUCGCCACUAUGGUGUUCACCGUAGCGCUGUCGGGGUGCAGCGGACCCAGUAUUACUCAAGACAACACCGUUACGAUAUUUAUCACUUAUUUCACAGCAUGUGGUGUUGGGGCCCUGGUAAGUGGAAGCUUAUGCGACCGAUAUGGCAGGAAGCGCUACUUAUCCUACAGUUUGCUAAGCAUGUUUUUCGGCUCCUUUAUGGCGGCAUUCGCCUAUAAUAAUAUUAUUAUAAUAUUGGCGGUCGUGUUAGUUGGUAUAGGCCUAGAAACGAAUUCCUUGCAAAUGAAGUUAAUACUGAUGGAAACGUUGGGCCUAAAACACCGGGGAUUUUAUAUACUGCUGUACGACCUGUUUUGGACCCUAGGGAUCGUCGUGACUAUUGUCUCAGUAAUCCUGCUUGAGACCCCGACGUUUUUCGUUAUAGACAGAUCUGUCCGAGUGACCACCUGGAGGAUCAUGUUCGCGGUAUCCGGAUGCUUAAGUAUCGUUCUGGCGUGCGUUUGCUCGUUGAUAGAGGAGAGCCCACGGUAUUUCCUUUACCUGGAAAGACCCUAUUUGGCUUAUCUCUUAUUGAAACAGUUAUACGGGAUUAAUAAGUCAAGUUAUGCCGAAAAUUUCCCUGUGAAAGAAGACGAACUCAAAGGCCUGAUAAGCGCCUACGAUCUUUCUUAUCCGGAACCCGCGAUUCACUGGAAAAUGCUGCAAAAGUUCCUGGAACGGUUCUGGAAAAGCCUUAAGUUGAUAUUCUCGUCGAAAUACUGCCUAACUACGUGGGCUUUGAUCGUUUUAAAAGCGGUUGCCAUAUUUUUCGGGACUUAUCCAGUUGGCAACGUGUUUGCCAAAGUCUCCACCUAUCAGGAACUAGACCCCACCCUCCAUUUCGCCUCUAGAAACGUCAACACUUUAGACCUAAUCUAUCCAGCAUAUUCCAUGUUGGGCGAUAGGAACUUUAAUAGAACAACUAGCAUAUGCCAAAGGAACAUAUAUCAUAAAGCGUAUUACAGGAACUUCAUAAGUAUUUAUGUUCCGGAAGUUGUCAUUGGACAAGGUUUGGAAUUGCUGUUUGUAGACUGGACUGGUAGAAAGCAGCAACUCGCGAGCAAUUUCCUGAUACCGAGCAUCUGUUUCAUGUUUCUGCGCUUCGUCGAUAAUACGUCGUAUGCUAUAGUGGCAAAUAGUUUCAUAAUAACCGCCAUUGCUGGCAUUCGGUCUAUGCUCGCGAUAGUUAACUUGGAAUCCUACCCGACAGCCGUCAGAGGGACUUCUUAUGGUGUCACUACGUUUCCCGGUUAUCUGUUGGCAGCCCUGGCUAUUAACUGGAUUGACGUUGACGUCAAACUCCUUUACGUCAUAUUGUCGGUUACGUUUCUGUUAAUGUUAGUCCUAAUUGGAAUACUCCCAGAAAUGAAGAGAGAGCCCUUGACGGAGUAGAUAUGAGCUUUCCUGUUUGUACUUAAAUUUAUUGAGGACACUCCAAAGCGUGUACUUGGCAAUUAUCGGGCGAUAAAUUUAAAAUUGUUCACUUUUAUUUUGUUCGUUUGUGUGAGGAGACAAUAAAAACCUGUUUUAUGGCCA